GCAGUGCCGGACACCAAAAAAUCAAACCUCUUGUUCACUUUUUUUCUUUUUCGCUCAGUAGUGCGUACGAAACAGUAGUGCAUUGGCAUCAAUUUAAUUAAAGAGGGGUAAAUUUCAAGUAGUUCUUCUGUCCAGAGCAUUUCUCUAAAAACUUUGUUGUUGGGGCCCGUUCGCUGUCGGAUUUGGUCGUGGUGAGGGUCGAUCUCAGACACCUGACACAUUACUGGUUCCACCAUCAUGUCAAAACUCCUCACCUCCCGAAACUUUCGCUUCGCCCGGCAAUUGCAGAGCGUAGUGCAAGCCCGUCGGUUUACGGUCCUCGCCAUCGAGACCUCUUGCGAUGAUACCUCAGUAGCCCUUCUCCACAGCCCUCCCGAAUCACCGGGCACGGCAACCCUCCUGGCUCAUAAAACACUGACAUGCCCGAACCGGAUCUACGGCGGCAUCCACCCUCUUGCGUCGGCGCAGUUCCAUCGGAGGAACCUGAUGCCCCUCCUGCAAUCCCUAGAUAUAUCACGGAAACCGGAUUUAAUAGCAGUGACACGGGGUCCGGGUAUGUUCGCUGCGCUAGCCAUAGGGGUUGAUACGGCCAAGGGGUUGAGCGUCGCAUGGGGCAUUCCAUUGAUCGGAGUGCAUCAUAUGCAAGCGCACACUCUAACGCCUCGACUGGUUGCUGCGCUGAACGGUGGCGAGGGCGGGGUCGAAUUUCCCUUCAUGACCUUGUUAGUGUCUGGGGGACAUACCAUUCUACUGGAGAGUCGUGGUUUAACUAGUCACAAAAUACUUGCCGAGACGAUAGAUAUUGCGUUGGGUGACAUGGUGGACAAGUGCGCGCGGAGGCUAUUGCCAGAAGAGGUCAUGGAUAGUCGCCCCGAGGCGGUAUCUUACGGGGCAGCGCUGGAAAAGUUUUGCUUUCCCGAGGAGGAACCGGAGUAUGCGUAUAACCCGCCCAAGACCCCCGAGAGAAAGCGAGAAGAUGAGGAGAAGGGGAAAAGGUGGGGGGAAUGGAAGCUUUGCCAGCCCCUGGCCAGGAGCGAGAAGGCGCGCUUUUCGGGUGCCUUCUCAUUUUGUGGACUAGGGAGUACUCUGGAUAGAUACUUUUGCAUGAAAGAUGGUGGCCCAAGCAGUAUUUCCGUAGAGGAACGGAGGGCGCUAGGAAGGGAGGUUAUGAUGGUCGCAUUCGAGCAUACCUCGCCGGGUGCUUUGGUCAUAAGCGGGGGUGUUGCAGCGAAUAAGUUCCUGAAAAACAUAUUUUCGAACUACCUUUCCCAUAGCGGUUACAACAUCCGCAUCGUCGUCCCUCCACAAAAGUAUUGCACCGAUAACGCCGCCAUGAUAGCUUGGGCAGGACUGGAAAUGUACCGGGCAGGCUUCACAUCCGCACCGACUGCUAUUCCCGUGCGUAAAUGGAGUUUGGACAAUGAUGCCUACUACGAACCCAAUGACAUUGGCUGUGAGGCCGGCGAUAAAAACGGCCCCGGUGGAGUAUUGGGCAUUUCGGGUUGGGUGAAAAGGGGGGCAGGAGAAGGUUAG